ACACGCGCGCACGCAGCGCCGCCGCUGCCUUGUGGCUUAGAAGCCGGCAGCGCGCGCACACACGCGCACACUCACACACUCACACACGUGCGCCUGUGUGUGUGUGAGUUCUGUGUCCAGUCUAUAGACACACGCUCAACCGUGCCGCGUGCACACAGACACGCACGCGCGCACACGUGGAGCGCGCCCUCUUGCUGUGCUCGCAGCGUGCGUGUGCGUCGUGUGUGUGUGGGGGGGGGGGUGAGUUAGGGAGGUGGGGGGAGGUUUGUUGUUGCUGCUGCUGCUAUCGUGGUUGGGUACCGAGGCUGCUGUUACCUUGCCUGAUCAUCUCAUCACUUUGCCUGGAGGCUGGAUGCUGUUUGUACCGCCGCACCGAAGAGGUCUCCUCUUAUCCAGCACUUGAGUGACAGUUUGAUUACUGCCUGCGCUGUCUGGGUUAUCGGGCGAGCGAGGUGCACCAGCGAGCACGUGCUCGGGACUGGAAUGGCUGCCCCUGUGCGGACGACAUCGGCCCCGCAGCUCCGCUGCCUCCCCUGGCUGGCGCUCCUCUGCCUGGCUCCGCUGCAGGCCCAGAGUCCCUAUGAGCAAGAGUUGGAGUAUGUCCCCGAAUUCAGCCUGACCCGCGGGGAAAGCAUGCUGGAGGAGACCCCUGAGCAGCUACUCAUCUACCGACAAGACGGCCAGGUCCUGCCUGGGAGCCAGCAGGAAGAGGAGAGGGACCCCACCUGGGACGCCUGGGGCCCGUGGAGCGAGUGCUCGCGCACGUGCGGAGGUGGGGCCUCGUACUCCAUCCGACGGUGCCUGGCGGGCAGAAGCUGCGUGGGACAGACCAUCCGAUACAAAUCGUGCAGCACUGAGGACUGCCCGGCGGAGGCGGGCGAUUUCCGAGCGCAGCAGUGCUCGGCCCACAACGACGUGAAGUUCCGCGGGCAGUACCGCGAGUGGCAGCCCGUGUACGAGGGCGCCGAGAAGCCCUGCGCGCUCUACUGCGUGGCCCGGGGCACCUCCCUCGUGGAGGAGCUCUCGCCGAAGGUGCUGGACGGCACGCGCUGCGCCCCGGGAUCGUUCGACAUGUGCAUCAGCGGCAUCUGCCAGUCAGUGGGCUGCGACCGCCAGCUUGGGAGUGGAGCCAAGGAAGACAACUGCGGCGUGUGCAAGGGAGACGGCUCGACGUGCCGGCUCGUGCGCGGCCAGUACAAGCCGCAGACCUCCGCUGACAAGCCGGAAGACACGGUGAUCGCCAUCCCGUUCGGGAGCCGCCAAAUCAAGAUCACGGUGAAGGGACCAGAUCAGCUCUUGGUGGAGACCAAGACCCUUCAGGGCCGGCGGGGAGAGAUCAGCCUCACCUCCGCCGGGACGUUCAGCCUGGAGAACAGCUCGCUCGAGUUCCAGAGGCACCCGGGCAAGAGGGUUCUGCACAUCACAGGCCCCAUUCAAGCGGAUUUCACCAUCAAGGCGAGGCACGUGUCCUCAGCCGAGACGGUGGUGCUCUUCCUCUUCUACCAGCCCAUCCCGCACCAGUGGAGGGAGACCGACUUCUUCCCUUGCUCCAGCUCCUGCGGCGGAGGCUACCAGCUGACGUCGGCCGAGUGUGUGGACAUGCGGAACGCCCGCAUCGCCUCCGACCACUUCUGCAACUAUUACCCCGAGAACAAGAAGCCGAAGCCCAGGCUGCGGGAAUGCAGCAUGGAGCCCUGUCCAUCCAGCGAUGGAUUCAAACAGAUUAUGUCUUACGACCACUACCAGCCCCUCCCACGGUGGGAGGGAAGCCCGUGGACGGCGUGCUCCAGCUCGUGCGGCGGCGGCGUGCAGUCGCGCUCCGUGUCGUGCGUCGAGGAGGACCAGCAGGGCCACCUGGAGACCGUCGAGGAGUGGAAGUGCAUGUACGUGCUGCGGCCGGCGGUCACGCAGCCCUGCAACCUCUACGACUGCCCCAAGUGGAUGGCGCAGGAGUGGUCUUCGUGCACGGUGACGUGUGGCCGCGGGCUCAAGUACCGCGUGGUGCUCUGCAUCGACCACCGCGGGCAGCACACAGGCGGCUGCAACACCAAGAUCAAGCCGCACGUCAAGGAGGAAUGCCUGGUGACCACGCCGUGCUACAAGCCCCGCGAGAAACUUCCUGUGGAGGCGAAGGUUCCCUGGUUCAAACAAGCGCAGGAGCUCAUAGAGGGCCCGGCGGUAUCAGAAGAGGCAGCCUUCGCUCCGGACGCGUGGUCCCCGUGCAGCCGCUCGUGCGGUCCGGGCGUGCGGACGCGCGCCGUGCGCUGCCGCGUGCUGCUGCCGUUCUCGCGCUCCGUGGUGGAGCUGCCGGACGGCGAGUGCGAGGGCGAGCGGCCCGCGAGCGAGCGUCCCUGCGCUCUGGGGCCCUGCGUCGAGGCGGCCGACGGCCUCCUGACGGACGAGGAGGCGCAGGCGUUGGAGGAGCGGGGCCAGGGCGGCGACGAGGCGCUCGCCUUCGACUGGGAGUACGGCGGAUUCUCGCACUGCUCCGUCUCCUGCGCCGGAGGGAACCGAGAGGCGAUCGUGAUCUGCGUGAACAAGGAGACGGGCGAGGCAGCGGACGAGUCGCUGUGCGACGCGGACGCACGCCCGCCCCAGAUUCAGCGGCCCUGCCACACGCUGCCCUGCCCUUCCCGGUGGGAGACGAGCGAGUGGGGCGCGUGCUCGGCGAGCUGCGGCGCCGGGCUGCGCGCGCGGAGCGUGGGCUGCGCUCGCACCGUGUCUCGCGAGGCCGACGGCUCGGAGGAGCGCCAGCGAGCCGCCGACUGCACCGGGCCGCGACCGCCGGACGUGGAGCCGUGUACACGCAGCGACUGCCCGCCGGCGUGGCACGCUCGCGACUGGCAGCCCUGCUCGCGCACGUGCGGCAGCAGCGGCGUGCAGUCCCGGAGCCUGCGCUGCCGCCGGCUGCUGGCCGACGGCAGCUCGAGGGACGUUGACGAGCAGCUGUGCCCCGACAGCAGGCCGCUCGCUCAGCAGGCGUGCGGCGGCCAGAGCGAGUGCCCCGCCGAAUGGGUGGCCUCCGAGUGGGGCCAGUGUUUGGGAAGCUGUGGCACUGGCACACAGCACAGGGAUGUGAGCUGCCAGUUCUCCACAGCAGCGGAGGUCACGUCCGUGGCCAACGCCUCUCAGUGCUCGUCACUUCCUAAGCCACUCGCCAGCCGUGCGUGUACCCUGCCACCCUGCAACAAGAUGAACCUGAAGGACGGCAAGACCAAACCCAUUUGGAAAGGUGGAUCGUCCGCAAACGGGGGGCCGCAGAUCCUGGGGGUGCGUCGGAUCUACAUCCCGUCGCCCUGGGAGAACCUGUUGGCGUUUCCCGUGGGGGGCACGGCGUACCUCUUCCCCAAGAGCAUGGUGGUGCUCAAGUGCCCCGUGGCGCGGUUCCAACACUCGCGCGUCCGCUGGGAGAAGGACGGCCGCUCCCUCGCCGAGUCCGACCGCCACAGCGUCACGCGCUGGGGCUGCCUCAAGAUCCGCUGCCUGCAGCCCGACGACAUCGGCGUGUACACGUGCGUGGCCGGGCAGGCGCGCGAGAGCUUCACCAUCAAGCUCAUCGGCGAGAACAGCCGCGUCCUGGAGGCGCCCGGGCACAAGGAGCGCAACGGCGACGGGAAGGCAAAGCUCAACGAGGCCACGGGACCCGAGGGCGGCGCGCUCGGCAAGCAGCCGCAGAAAGGAGGGGACAAGCGCGACGUGGAGAAGAGCCGGCAGCACAUCGUGUCCCUGCUGCUGGAGAGCAAGCUCCUGACGCGCGAGAGGAUGGAGAGCCGUGACUCGCGCGAAUCCCUCGAGAGGGACUCGAACCUCUCCUCCUCCGAGGAGGAGGAGCUCCACCUGGGCAGGGAACCCUCCGUGCCCUGGGCCUACGUGACCGACCAGGAGAAGCUGCAGCAGAUCAUGCGCAACCUGACGCAGCACUUCGAGCUGCCGGAGCUGAGCGACGUGCACGCCGCGCAGAUCAUCGCCCAGUUGGCCGCCGAGCCGCGGGCGAAGCAGAAGCAGUGGGCGGACGCGGACGAGAACGAGUCGAGCAUGCGCUCCGAGGACAAGAGCCUCGACUCGGAGCCGCAGGAGGGGCUGAAGGAGAACGCGCACGCACGGAAGGCCAAGCCGACGGGCCACGGGGCCAGGCCUCCCUCGUCGUGGCCGUCGCUGAGGCCGGCGCCGGCGGGGUCGAGGCAGCAGCCCGGCCGCCGCCCACCCGGCGCCCACGAGGGCAAGCGCGGCGGGUCGGCGCGCGUCAUCCGGCGGCAGGUGCGCUCGGCGCUCACGGAGCUGAGCAAGGACGUGACGGUGCACGUGGGCGGCCUUGCCGUGGUGGGGCUCGGCACGCGCAGCCUCGCGCUGCUGUGCCCCGUGGAGGGGCCUCUCGUGAAGACGCAUGUCGCGUGGAGCAGGGACGGGAGCCCCGUGGCCACCAGCAGGAGAGUGCUCCUGCUGCCAGACAAGUCUCUGAAGAUCCUGAACCCGGGCGUGAACGACGCCGGGCUCUACACCUGCAGCGCGACUGGCGAGGCUGGCACAGACCACGAGUCCACGCUCAUCACAUUUGCAGCGAUGGGAGACCUGGAGAAAGCUAUUAAAGCGAACAAAGCUGUGAACAGCCGGGCGAGAUGUCACAUUGAAGAGCUGCCAAGCCUGCUGCCAAGAGAAUGGAAUUCUGGGAAGCGGCUAGCGAUGGCAUCGAGGCGGGGAGCGAACGUUCGCACCGCCCCUGGAGAAUUCCUCGUCGUCGGCUGCCCGGUGGUGUGCCACCCGUUCCUCCCGGUCACUUGGCUGCUCGGCGGGCAGCCGGUCGCGGCGGAGAGGGACGCCGACGGCCCCGAAUUUGCGGGGGGCGGCCGUCUGCUGGUGCUGCCGCCCGCGAACGCCGGCCCACCGGGGCACUACUCCUGCUCGCCGUCGCACGCCCACGGCAACGCCUCGACCUCCUCGACCUCUUCCUUCACCUCCGGCGGACGCCUCAGCGCGAACGUCACCGUGCAGCCCGCAGAGCACCGGUGGUUCGUGAACGACACGGGCAGCUGCCCCACGAGCUGUGGGAACGCGAGCGCGCGCGUCGCACCCGCGCCGCGGUGCGUGCGCGACAACGUCACGGUCGUGAGCGACACCUUCUGCAGCCUCCUGCCCAGGCCGCAGCCGCCGACCAACUCCCCGUGCCCAGCCGUCGGCUGUCAGCCAUGGUGGGUGACGGGGCCCUGGUCUGCCUGCUCCGAGGCAUGUGGCGCAGGCGUGCGGGUGCGCAGCGUCGUCUGCCGCUCGCCGGCUGGAGCCACCGCCCUGCCCGACUCCAGCUGCAGAGGGGCGGAGCGCCCGGCACGAGCCGAGCCCUGCAAGCGCCACGGAUGCCCCGAGUGGGCCGUCGGAGCCUGGGCAGAGUGUACAGGCCGGUGCGUUGGACUUGGCAUCGGAACUCAGCAUCGGAGAGUCCUCUGCUUCCUGCACAAUGGCACAGCUGCUCCUGAGAGCGACUGUGCCGGCAAGACAAGGCCCGGCUCGGUGCAGAACUGCAGCGUGGAGGCGUGCGCCGUGCAGUGGCGGACGGGCCCCUGGGCCGUGUGCACGGCGAGCUGCGGCACGCACGGCUUCCAGGCGCGGCGCGUGGAGUGUGCCCAUGUGCGCACGGCGCGCGUCGCCCCCGACGCGCACUGCGCGUGGCAGCACAAGCCCGCGACGUGGCAGCGCUGCAACAUCACGCCCUGCGCCACGACCUCGGAGUGCCGGGACAGCAGCCGGUACUGUGAGAUGGUGCAAAAGCUGAACCUCUGCCAACUGCCCACCUACCGCCUGCGUUGCUGCCAGGCUUGCAGAGAAUCCUAGGCCUGCGCACCUCCUGCGGAUGGCCUGCUCGUUCAAACGGCUCUGCUUGCCCCUGUGCGCCCCUACCAUUCAGCCAGCGUUCUUAAGAAGUCCAUGCACAAGUUGAGGCAACCACUGAAAAUAAUCGAACUUUUUUUGAUGAAAAUACCUUUAUUUUUUCCUCUCUCUCUCCAAAAACUAUUCUUUUUUUACUGACCACUGUACAUGUCUUCAAGAUUUUGUUUUUAUAUUUAAAGAUACAGAAGGAAAUUGGAGUUGCGGAAGAUGUGUCAGAAUAUGGAAACCUUUCAAGAAAUGGUUUCCAAGAAACUGCCAAGCAAAUGUAAAUCUUUUAACAUGACUAAAAAAACUUACCAAGAACCAUAGCCAUUUUUCUUUUGCAAGGAAAAGAUGAAUGAGUGGAUGUUUUAAAACAACGUAAUGCUAUUCUGCUCAUGGCUUCAUGUCCUCAAAACAUCACAAUCUUCUAAGCAGCGGAAAAGCAAGGAAACAUCCAGCUUCCUCUAACUGCAGAUGAACCCAAAAUCGUUCUCUUAAUCACAGGAAUGUACUCAUUUACUCAAGAUCCUUCCAACACUCUUGUGAUGUGUGAGUCUUUUUCUGGCUCAUGAGAUCUGUCAACACAAAACCUAAUAAGAGCAAAACAAUAAAAGCAUGACUACCUUUGAGACUUGCCAGGGUAGUCUGACUGCCAAUAACGUGUAUCAUGCCUUGAUCUUAUGAAACGAGUUUUUUUUGGGUGAACUUUCUGGCAAACUUGGGAGUAAAAACACACAGACACAAGUGGCCAAAGCAAUAUUAACAAAAAUCCAACCAAAAAUUUGUAACGUUCAUCACCGAAUUUGAUUAAUACAAGCAAUGAAUGCUAAGGCACUUAAACCCUCCCUAACAGUUCAAGAGCAUAGUCAUUACCACCAGUUAUCAAGGUACAAUAUAGAAAUGUACCAUUAAAAAAUGUAACGUGUUUUUAUGUCAGCACUUAUACAGCAUCACACUUUUAACAUGUUUUUGUAUGAAGAUUGAGACUUGCCUAAUAUGCAUUAAUGAAUUGUAGAAUUUCGCCAAUGCGCUUUGGAAUUUAGCAAGUAACUUCUAUUUUAUUGGGUGUCUAUCUAUCACAGUGGUAAUUGGUACAAGACAACAGCUAAUUAAGAGCUGGCAACAUUAAUUAUGUGAGCUCCUAUCAAUAGCUUUGGAAUCUUUCACAAUUCCUAAUUGUAAAUGGCCUUUAACCAUUUUCCUUAAGGAUUGCAAUUUUCUGGCCUAAAUUUCUCGACAACUUUAAAAGUAAACUACUUUUUUACGAAGCACAUUUGGUAUAUUGAGCAGAUACAGACGUUCACUAGUUUUAUUAAAUUAGUGUUAAUCAAACACGACAACUAUUGUUAUUUUAAAAUGUAUGAGCUAUUUUGGUGUCAUCAUUAACUUCUGCUUCCUACCUCCAUAAAACACAUUGCUUAACAAGAUAGUUGAAGUCUACACAAUGUGGUGAUUUCUUUUUUUUUAAUGUCGUGACCAAGUGAGACUACGCCUGCUAUGUGACAUUUAAUAUUCUGUUUACCACGAAUGAUACAGCACUCAUAUUUUGGACAUUUCAAUGGGGGGUGUCUCCAACUUUGUUUAAGGUGCGUCCACACCUGAGUGAUCUAUCGUGCAACCAAAUCCCUCUCUCGCAAAAUGGCACAACCUAAUUGCCCGCAACAGCUUUGUCCGCAUCUGAGCAAAAAGGUGAUAAGAGUGCCAAGGAUGGUUGCCCGAGCGUGCCUCGUGCGCGUCUGACCACGCUCCCUCCUACGUCACUACUCGCACAUUGUUCCGGUCAGCUCCUCCCCUCCACGUCAUGAGUGUAACGACCAAUCAGAGUGACCGAACAUAGUUCGCAAAUGUAACCUGGUGAACUCUCGCCACUACUUAAAACAAUAUAACUCAACGGCCCCGCGGCCUUCUGGAAGUGCAUAAGUGUCAGCAGUGUCGGUUCGAUUGCAAGGCACACUCUGCAAAUUAAAUCAGCGUUGCUAAAAUUACGUACUCCCAGGAUGUUAUUGUGUUACUUAUAUCCUCCACAAUAAUGCGCAAUGAUGCUGAUGAUGAUUUCGUGUUAUGUCACUAUAAAUCACUGAGCCGAUCGCUUGGAAGUAGCGUCUACUGUAAGCAACUUAUGAUGCAACUGCUCGCAACUGACAACAGAGAUGUCCACACGUAAAUCUCUUCCGUUGCAAGCAACCAAGGUGCACGACAGAUCCCGAAGGUGUGGACACAGCUUUAGACCUGCUUGUAGGAUGGCUGUAACAUUUUCAAUAGUGCCCGUUGCCUUGUUUCAGCACGAUGUGUUUACGCAGCGGCGGUGAACGCUGAAUAUCUCGUCGGAUGAAUGUGGUUAUUGAGUGGGGAUUGGACGGUUUGUUUCACCUGUGGUUAUUUUUUUUUCCAUCGUCGAUGCAGCCGUACACUGGUAGCUAUUCAUAGCUACUCGCGAUUCCCAUCAGGGCACCUGGCUUCCCCCAGCCUGCUACCCAUAAUCCUCACUGGGGUUUUUUUCAUGUGCAUCUGGAAAAGGUACAAAGGAGAGAGCCAUCCAAUGGAGAAUUUAAGUAAGAAAAAGUUGUUACUAAAUACAGGUAGAGCCAAGGGAAGUCGUGAAGCUCUUUGUACACUCUUUAUUCUUCCUUUUUCUAUCGGUACUGUCUUUUCGUUGUUGCUUAUUUCCAAGUAAAAAUCUCACAUUAACACGUAAAAAUGUAUCUCAUUCUACACGCAUGGCGCCCAAUUGCUCCCAUUGGCCUUGCAAAUGCAAUGUGCAGUGAUCAUCCGCAAUUCCCAAACGUAGUUUUUACAAGUUUCAGAGCCAAUGGUAAUUGAUCAUCUUGUCCAAUUGCAAAAAUAUCGUCGGCUUUGAUCGGCACGAGAGAGAGCGCCGGCUUUCAACUUGGCGUGGUCUUCCACCCAUCCAUCCCCUCGACAGACUACGAGUCAUAAUCUGUUAGGAGAGUUUUGUCAAGGAUUUCGUCGCACGAUAAUCAGGGGAGAUAGACGCGUUUGUUCUGGCGUUUCACGCUCUAAAAUUCAGUUUCGCUGUUAAUUACACUUUACCUUUCAAGGGGAGCUGCACUGUUAUAAUCAGUUUCCUAUUUCUCUCUUCCCUUCCUCUCUCUACGGGGUUCUUCUCGUGUUAAUAAAGAGCGGAUUAUAGUUCCUGUGAUGAUGAGUAAUGAGGCGUAUGGGUAGCGGGCGGAGAAAGUGCGGUGCCUAAUCGGAGUGCGUAGAACUCGCUCUCUCCGCAUCGCAUUCCGUGGCACUGAGAGGGAAUUGCGGACUGCCUCGUCUACUGUCAAAGUGCGUUUUGAUUACCCAUGGUGCUUCAUAGUUGCACAGUAAUUCUGGAUAAUUAAAGUUACAUAGGUUUAGUUUCUAAUGUGAUAGGUCAACUCCGUGUGUGUCUAUUAUUUAAGUUAACAAUUUACGUAAAAAACAAUGAAUAAUUAAAAUGUUAUUGUUUUAAUGCUAUUAAUCUCUGAAAUGUAAAGUGCAGUAUUAGACGAGGGGUUUAAAUAAAUCCUACUAUCAAAAUAAGAGGCGAGAUUUCUACCUUCACCCACUUGACUUGUUCUGGCCAGGUUUUGCAUGGCUUUCUGUUUGUGUCGUGUUAUGCAUGCAUUGAACUUAACAGCUUCGGAGGUGGCUGACUGGUUCCAAGAUAAAUCCCCGUUUCAAAAGUUGAGUUUUAGCAACAAAUGUAUCAAGUAUAGCAAGUUAAUCAUCUCAUCCUGUACGUCUGUGAGUUGCAAGAGGAAAGCUGCUUUGUCUCACGCUAUGAAGCCGUGGUAAAAUUGGAAUUGUACUUUAACUGGCGAUUUAAAGAAAGCAUUUAGAUGCUGAGAAUAUAUCUGCAUCAAACAUGCAUUCGUAUGUCGGUUUGAUGUACAAUAUCAGUAGAUACAUCUCUAAAUCUGACUGUAAAUCUCAGAGGCAAUUCAUGCAGAUAGAUCUGGAGGUAACGUUGAGCCCUCUGUAUGGUGAUGAAAAUGGAAAUUGGUGUGCCGUAUAUCUCAUUCACCAACUACACUCCAAAAAUGGUUAUUUUGAGCUAACAGCGGAUUGAAUGUAAAAUUACAAUUCUAACCUGAACCGUGCCCAUGAUUCACUGUUAUUUUGGCAUCUGCAAAAAUAACGUUGUUGACCAGAUGAGGCUGCAGUGUCACGAUGCUUACUUCUGUUAGACCUUACUGCACAUUUUUUGCAGGACAUUUACUUUUACACACUGUCAUUACUUUAUCAUAGAUUGCCUCCACCAUAUUUGUUCUGCAUUUCAAAACAAAAUGCGUGUACAUUUGCUUUGACAUGGAAAAAAUUAUUUCCUUGCAAUGGGUCAUAAUUAUGGAGUUUAUAUAUUAAUUUAUAGGAUGACUUGUAAAAUAUAUUGUAUUCCUGUAAAUAUUUAUAAGGAACUUUUAUAAAGUGCAAUAUGGUGUAAUUCUACGUUGUUUUUGUAAAGGAUUGAUUUUUUUUUGUUGUUGGAGGGAAGGGGAGGGAAAUGGGAUUUAUUUUAUUAAUAUUUUUUUAAUCAAAGUAUCACAAUAGUGCCUAAAGUAUGGUAUUUCUUAACAUGCAAAAUGUAUGAAUUAUUGCUUUGGAAACUAGUUAGCACAGAAUUGCUUUUGUAAGGAUUGUAA